AUGUUAGAGAAUGCCUUAACCAGGCAUCUUCCUAUUCCUGAUCGUUUUGGCAACUUUCUGUUGGAAAUAUCUCAGGUUGAUCCUGAUCUCUGCUUGUUGAUGGUGGAGCUUCAAAUCAACACCCCCACAAAUGUUCCUGAGUGGCUUUUCGUGAUGUUCGCCGUUUGCACGACCAUACUAGUCGCAGUUCACAUUUUCGCCUUGAUGAUAUCCACGUACAUCCUGCCCAAUAUCGAAUCGAUAGCAAAACUAGAAAUAUGCGAGCUGGUUACGGAAAGUCCCCACGAAAGGAUGCGAGGCUUCAUUGAGCUAGCCUGGGCAUUUUCAACUAUUUUAGGUAAGUUUAUUUUAUUUAUGGUCGAGGUAGCAAUACUCUGUUGGGUGAAAUUCUGGGACUAUAGUUUCACAGCGGCAGUGGCGGCGACUAUAAUAGUGGUUCCGGUACUAAUAGUGUUCGUUUUGUUCGCGGCGAACUUUUACCAUUCGCUCGUAGUGGACAAGUGUAAUUCCUCCAUCAGCGACAUGAGAAAAUUAGAGGAAAUGAAAAAGAACUUGGAUGAAAUUAGCCAAUCUCCAGUGUGAUCUUGUAGAAAUAUGAUGUGGUUGUGUAAAAAAAAUUGAAAAACUUUUUUUUUUGAAGUUCCAUUUAGAACCUCGAAAUUAGUGAAACAAAUUAGUGGUUUCAGUUAGGGCAGAAGUUUCUUCCUCUAAUUCAUUGUAAAAAUUAGUGGUAGUACUUUUAAAUCAGUAUAAACAGUUAACAAACUUUAAUUGUUCUACUAAUUAUACGUGAAAAUUUGCGAGUAAUGUCAUUUUGGCCUAUCAUUACCAUCUGUGAAGAGAAUUUGUGGUUAGAUAUAAAAGUUUAUUGUUUUAUAACCUAAUUAUUAAGUUUUCUCUAUGGAUACCACUAAAUACUACAAGCUGUUGCUAGGAUUAUCUAUA